AUGGUUCAUAACAUAUUAUUUGAUCGCCCUUUGCCAGAGGGCCAAAGAAUCAAUGUGGGUAACGAUAUGAUCAUCAAUGACAUUUCCAGUAUCUACAACUUGCCAGUUUUCAAGAACUUGUUUCGUGUUUAUUUCACGUUUCUUUUAGUUCAAUAUAUCCUAAUUUAUGCUUGUGUACCGUUGGAGGAGAUUGAAAACAGACCAGCAAUGUGCAUUAUUUCAAACAUUUACAUUUUGAUCAUGUUCACAAUCAAUGCAUCGAUCCUUCCAUUAUGUUCCAGUACCAUACCAACGUUGGUUUCAUUACGGUGCUUAUUUUGUUCAUUUGUAUUGGAGUUAGGAGGCACCGUGUUGAAUAUAAUAGCAGUUGUUCAUAGCUUGAGAGCAGGGAAGAUGUAUCAAAUUGAAAAGGAGCAUGGUAAAGCCACUCCUAAAAGGACCAGCGUCGAAGCAUACAUCAAUGUGUUCAUUGUCCUUGCCAUGACCUUUUCCAUUUUAGCAACCGGAACUGUGCUCUCAUUGGUUAUUGUGUGUGAACGGUCGUUGGAAUAUAUCACUGGCAAAGUUGAUCGAAGACACCUUAAGGCGGAAAAGAAGAAGCUCGGUGUUAUUAGUACGGACUCUAUUGAAAAGUUCAACAAGCAGCAAGAGACCUAUUUUUAA